CACUAAGAAUUUACUGUCGUAAGGAUGUCCAUUCAUAUAGAAUUGUCCAAUGGCGUAAAGAUGCCACUUAUCGGUCUUGGAACAUAUGAGCUAAAUGGUAAUACAGGCAUUGAGGCUGUACAGGUGGCACUUCAGACUGGCUACAGAGCCCUGGAUGCAGCUUGGCUGUACAACAACCAGGAGGAGAUUGGUGAAGCUAUUGCCAACGCUGUUAACACUGGUGUCGUCCGGCGAGAAGAGUUGUUCAUUACCACGAAGGUUUCACCUCAGUUCUAUGAUAGUCAAGAGAGCAUUAAGGAAAACUGCAGGUACUCCCUGAGCAAGUUGCGAUUACAAUAUGUUGACCUGCUGUUGCUCCACGCUCCAUGGGCUGUAAAGAAAGUGGAGGGGGACACUUCUCCCACUGUUAAUGGAAAAUGCAUGACAGUGCCCUGUGACCUUGCUCAAGUUUGGAAGGGAAUGGAGACCUGCAUGGAUCAAGGCCUGACUAAGGCUAUCGGGGUAUCUAACUUCAACAGCAAGCAACUGCAACUGGUUUUGGAUAAUGCUCGUAUAAGACCUGUAGUCAACCAGGUGGAAUGCCACAUCUACCAGCAGCAGAAGAAGCUGCAGAGUUUCAUGGCAGAGCGCGGUGUUGUUAUGAUUUCCUAUGGCUGCCUCGGAUCACCGGGAAGAAACAACCCUGACAAAAGUGACAUUGGCCUUCAGAACAUGCUAGAGCAUUCAGUUGUGAAGUCCAUCGGUGAGAGACAUGGCAAACUCCCUUCUCAGGUGUGCUUGCGAUUUCUAAUCCAAAGUGGAAUUGCUGUAAUUCCCAAAAGUGCUACGCCCGCCCGCAUUAAGUCUAACUUUGACAUAUGUGACUUUGCACUCAAUGCUGCAGAGAUGGACUCCAUUUCAGAAAUGCACUCGGGAAAACGGGUGUUUACAUUCGAUAAUGUAAAGCAUGAUGCCAACUAUCCCUUCCACGAUGAGUUCUAGUUUUCCAAUCUUCCCACUGUGUCUCUCCAAACUUACAGUGGCAUCAUCGAUGAUACAUGUAUUAUAUCUUUCAUGUAUAGCAACUGUUCUUUGUUUUAGUAAUCUUGCACUGUCAAGCAAUGAAUUACAUGCCUGCCAGACAGCAAGGGAAAUUGAUUUGAUGAUUUCCAUGCUAGGGAAUUCUGCAUGCUUGUCACAAAUUAUAACUUGCUGACUGUACUUAAUUAUCGUAUGCACUUGUACUAUGACUGUGUUCUUUGUAUCAUCAAACAUUCCCCUGGGUGCUGAAGAAAAUUGUUUGGAUAUAAAGUGGGAUGUACAAUAUAAAAAUA